AUGUUGUCUAGACAUGGUAAAAGUGAAGGCGUCCAGCAAUCACAAGCCAUGAUGACCAGCGGAGCGAAGUGUUGUAAUCCAUCUGCAGUUCGGAGGCCAGAUACUCUCGCCUUGUCGCUAAUCGACGCGUGUAACAGAGACUCAAACUCGCCCGCUCGAGGGCCAAAGACAAACUUGACGCCGAGCUUUGUUGUCUUGUGCAGAGCAAACCGACAGGCUUCGUCGGCUACAGCCGUCCCGCCGGUCGUAUCGAGGACGACGACAUUGGCCAGACCGCGUUUCUCGCGUUGGAAAGGGUCGAUUGCAUAUUCUAGUCCCUCCUCAGCAGCCAAGCGUCGUGUUGGUCAGAAGCCGAGUACCUGGCUUCGAUUUUUCGACAGUAGCAAGGUUAAAAGCCGGUAGCUUGUCGCCAUCCGUCGUGAUAAGAUUGCCAUUGGGUAUGGAAACGCUUAUGAAUUCUUCAUGCCAGAGGAGGCAGUCUUUCCGCUAGCCAGCUCCUUAUUCCACUUCUUCCAGCCUUCGAUAGCCUGAAGUGAUAGGUCUUGACAGAUGUCCACGCCUCCAAAAGCAGAACGUAUGAUCUUAUUGGUGUCGGCGGAGGCUGCAUCGGCUCCUUCGAAGUAAAAUACUGCGAAGCAUCGUAAGGUUGUUCGUCAAAGACCGUGACGUUUUGGUAUCCUCGUUGGGCCAGAUAAGAACGAUCCUGUCGUCGGGAGACAGCUUCAUGUGGUGUAGGAGCCGCAACAUCCUUCUUCAUCAAUGACGGGAUCGGGCGCCUGUGGUCGUUCCGGCUGUACGUCCUGGUAUGGACCAUCGGCGAGAUGAUAGCAACAGCUAGCAGCGGACUCCUGGCAGUCUUGUACGUCGCUCGUAUAGUAUCUGGACUCGGGAUCGGCGCUCUCACAGUCACCGGACCAGUGAGCCUAGUGGAGAUCGCUUCAUACGAGAUCAGAGGUCUGAUAGCUGUCUGGUUCAGUGUGGCAAUGUUGCUGUCUCUGUUCGUCGCGGCCUUCUGCACCUAUGGUGGGUGUCUUCAUGUCCCUGCAGAGCCUUUGCAGUAUCAGAUCGUGUUCUUUGCUCUAUGCAUAUUCACGGCACUGGUAUGCCUCCUAAGCUUCUGUGGCUUUUGCUACGAAUCUCCCCGCUGGCUGUUCCUGGUGGGUAAAGACGAAGAGGCGAAGAGGCGAACAGGAAUCUUGUCAAGCUUCGGGGACUCGGCGAGGAACAUCCACGCGUGGUGCAGGAGCUUCAGGCAAUUAUCCGGCAGAGAGAAUAGGAUCGAAUGCAUGGCGUGGCCUUCACCUCGUGGGAAGGGCUUCAAGUCAUAUCGUACGCCCUCGCGCAGCUGUCUGGAGCGAACAGUGUGACGUCGUACUUGGUGCCGAUGUUGCAAGUAGUUGGUGCUGCCAACAACGACACGGCGCAUUCGCUGUUGAUCAGCGGCAUCUACAGCUUUACGAAGUUUUGCUUCACGCUCAUGGUCAGCUUCUUCUUCAUCGAUGCUCUUGGUCGAAGGCGAAGCCUGUUCGUUGGUAAGUUGUCCGAAUCAUCAUAUAGAGCGUCAUUGGCUGGCAAUGUACCAGGUAUGACAAUCCAAAUGAUCAGCGAUACAUAUGUUGGCGUCUUCAUCCGCUUCAAGCAUAUGGGCAAGGUCUCAGACUCGGCCGGCCAAGCCGUAAUCGCGAUGAUAUUUCUGCAUGGCUUUGGCUGUGCGGUUGGUGUCUCUGCGACGCGUUUAUGCCUGUUGCAAAGGGAUCUCAUUGACGCGUUGCAAAGGCCUCCUAGUGCUCCCGUAUGUCUUUGGCGCGGAGGGUCUGGCCAAAUCAUCUGCGAUCGUUCGGCUCUGCGGUCGCCCAAUCCUUCCACUUCUUGUUCUUUCUCGGUGACGAUCAAAGCCUGCCGUCGCUGCUCGCCCGUACCAACGACUGAGGCGCUUUUCUGUUCCUCGCCGGCCGGUGCCUGGUGUCUUUGAUUUACGUGUUUCUCGUGGUGCCGGAAACACAGGGCUUGAGUCUUGAGCAAACCGACGCGUUGUUCGAAGGUCCUUGGCCUAUAGCAUAUCGGAGCAAGAGGAUGCUGCGCUCCGAGCCUGUCGUUGAAGGAUUCGAAUCAAGGUACAUGUCUUUACCUAGCAGUUGAAGACGUGUCUUGCUGACCGCAGGCCUAGCAGCUACAGCGACAGCACCACGGCGGAGGAUACAAGCCGCAAAGUCGUCUACGCGCAACAAGACUCCGCAUGAGCUAUGUUUCAGGAGGCCAAGCUGGAGACAUGGAGUUGGUGAAGGUCUUGGGUGCAGGGAAAGGUGUUGCCCUCAUGAUGAAGUAUGAUGAAGCAUGUGAAAGAAAGAAGCACAGCGGGGACUUCGACUUCCCAUGGACCGAGGCAUCUCUCUCAGCUCGGGUACUUUGCGACAACAGGCGACGAAACGUGUGACACCACUUCCACUACCUCCCGCCUCUCCAAACCCAUGUCCAACUCCUCCACCGCACGCCGCGCACCCCGUCUGCGCCUUCGAUCCGCACAGUCGCCAUGUCGGAUUCUUCGCGACGCUCCUCCGGCUCGUCAGCCAGCAACUUGUCCAAGCGACCAAUCGAUCCCAUCACGCGGACCGCGUUGCGAUAUACCCUCUCCCCUCGUGAAUAUGGACUCCUGCACGCAUACUUGAUCUCGAGGGCGCCCAAGCGAAUACAGAAGCAGACACCGAGUCCGGCACGCUAUGAGACGAUUGCGAAGAGCAGGACGGAAAGCGGCGACUACAAUGUCGCCGCUGUACGAGCGGCAUUGCGGGUGUACUUGUCGCUGUUCUUGGGAUUGAAAGGGUUUGAGAUGGCCAUGCGCAGGAUAGCGAGCAUGAGGGGCGCAAAACCACAGCAGCAAGCUCCAGGUCCGCGAUACAAGAACACGAGAAUAGCCUUGUCCUUCUCCACGAUGCUACUCUUCCACCGACUGCUGCAUCGUUUCUUCAAACGACUACGAGCAUCAUUGCUGGAAGACUCCGCGACGCCGUUUCGGGCACGAAACCCAGGAGUUUCCAAAGCAUUGACAUCGAAGUACACUCCCGCAGUCGGCGCGUCGCUGGCUGGUGUUUUCCUGGGCCUCAGUCCAAUGGAGCAGCUGAGGAUGACCAUCACCAUCUACGUGAUGACGCGCAGCUUGGAAUUCGGUUACAAUGCUCUGUCCGAGCAGGGCUAUCUGUGGAAGAAAGACCAAGACAGACCUUGGUGGUUUGGCAGCUGGUUGCUGAUGCCCUUCGCCGCUGGUCAGCUGCUGCAUGCCUUUGUGUUCGAUCGAGACUGUUUCCCCGAAGAUUUUGGCGCGUUUAUCCUCAAGCGCAGCCCCGAAUAUAUUCAGUUCCGACCGAAAGACUAUCCUGUUGGCAGGCCUUGGCCAGGUACAUUUGAUAUCGUGGACGGCCUCGCACAACUCAGCAAGCUGCGAUGGCCGCCGUUCAUCUCGCCCAUUCUGUUCCCUGGAAACAAGGCCACUCUCCCGAACAACGCAGCAAUCCAGAAACUCGCUCCGAUCUCCGCGCCAGCGCACCCAGGAAUUCGACACACCUCUUGCGCCUUCCUCCACCCUCGAGAUCCUAGCUGUGCCAGGACAUAUCUCAAAUACUGGCUCUCCGCCUUCCCACCUGUCGUCAAAUUCUUCACGCUCAUCUACGGUGGCUUCGCCCUGCUCGCUUAUAAGAAGCUAUUGAAGUCGCCAAUGCCCUUUGUCAACAACCUGUCGCAGCGGAUCUUGAAAAUGUCCCUCUUCAUCACCGGCGCGAUCGGCACGAGCUGGGGCUCGAUCUGCCUCUUUGCCAACGUCCUCCCGCGCAACGUCCUCCCGACGCAGCGAUGGUUCCUCGGAGGCUUCCUGGGCGGCCUCUGGGCAUACGUGGCGCGCAAUCACGAGAGGGACAACUUCCUGUACAGCAUGCGUCUGAGCAUCGAUUCCCUGUACAAAGUCGGCAAGAAGCGAGGCUGGUGGCGAGGAGUCCGCAAUGGAGAUGUCUUGGUUUUCGUCCUGAGCUUGGCCGUCGCGAACGUGGUGUACGAGAGCUCCCCCGGGGCCGUGAAAAGCGGCAUGGUCCGCAAGGUCAUCAGCUCGAUGAGGGGCGACGGCUGGACGGAUGUCGUCGCGGAAGAGAAGGUUAUGGCGAAGCAGCAAGCAGAAGUCUCUGAUGAGGACGUGGUGGAAGAGAAGAAGAAGAAGGAGGAGAAGAAGAAGAAGGAGGAGAAGAAGAAGAAGGAUGUAUGAUGUGAAUGGUGGCAAGGUUGGGAAAUAAUCUUGUGUGAUUCUUUACCAUAUGAUACCCCAGUUUUGUAUGUGCAUGUGUAAGAUGGCGUUCUUUUUUUUUUUUUUUUUUGGAAACUUUUUGCGCUCGCUCGCUCUGUUGAUCUCUCUCUCCCACACACACAAGGAGCCACGAUCAAGUCUAGCCUAAUGGCGACGCGCCUGCUGGUUUUGCGACGCGCUGAAGAGGAUCGAUAAAGACUGGACUGGGUUCCUCGUGUCAUACACAGCAGUCAAUCACACCGCCAAGAUUCACAUGAUCGCAGCCUCGCCUGUUCGACCCGCCCCCCCGCUACACUCUCCCUACGCCCUCCCUCACCGUAUUUGUAUCGUCUGUGCACAGACCGGAGAGGGAGAGAGAGAGAGAGAGAGAGAGAGAGAGAGAGAGAGAGAACGAUUCUACCCUCCAUCUGAGUUAUAGUCAGUCGCGUGAUACGUACGUCCGGUCGGACUACUGGUUUUCGUCUCCUUUCCUUUCGGCUCAUAGUUGCGUUGCUCGGAAGGAUGGAUGAAGUACUCACCCCAAAAAAAGCCGAACGAGGUAUCUUAUGAAACAGCAGCAGCGGGAGUGGGAGUGAGGGGCACUGUGUUCGCGCUCAUGCUGUCGUCUGACUGACUAUAUCGGUAGAAACGAGCAAUAUCUUCUGAUUUCUAGUAGGAGGGAUUAGAGUGUUCUCGUCUGUUGGGGAGGGGGGAGGGAGAGAGAGAGAGAGCGGUAUGACAAGGCAGAGAAGAUGUCAUCUGAUCUGUUCUGAGUCAAUGGAUGGGGGGAAGUGCGUUUGGUAAGGUAGCGUAAGGAAGUGCAUUUUGGAAGUGGAAAGUGAAAUUUUUUUUUUGUUUUUUUUUUUAGGGAUUUGCUUUGAACAUUCGAAAGGGAAGGUUUUGUGUUUGCUUGCUAUACCACUUUGUGUUGUGCACGGAGGCAAUAAUCUGGGAGAGACAUUGGGGGGGUAUUCUGGCCGCUUCUACGGCUUGGACCGGCACAGGAUUGGUGGGUGACGGCUGCUUUGAGGAAUCUGCGUUUUCCUCGUAGUCGGCUUUGCUAGAAGAAGAUACGGCAUACGAUCGCGGUGAUGAAAGAAGGAGGGAAUCGUGACCACGCGUCUUCGACAACUUACCUGCAUCGCCGGUUGACGCGCCUCUUCUUCGGGCAUCGCGUACUUUUCGCUGUCACAAACCCCUGGACGGCUAGGAGAUUUUUCCAAGCCGUGUUUCCAGUCGGUGAGCGGAUGCAUACCGACCUUACGCAGCCGACGAUCUGUUUGUAAGGCCUGGUUCGACCGGAGCGAUGGCACGUACCAAGCCCGCAGCUUCGACUUGAGGUGGAGAAUGCGAACAUGACCUCCUCGAUGACCGGAUGCAAUUGGAUCGGCUUCGAGGCCACUGGUAGCGGAACGGGCGAAGCUUCCCUCGACUGCAAGGUCGCAGACUGUCCAGUGCUGCGCACAUGAUAUCAACUCGAUCCGGUUCGAGGCGAAAGUCUGGGUAGGCGGGUGACGUUGCCUGCGAGCGAAACUGGCACGUCUCGACGCGUUCGGCGGAUGAGAGGAUGGCGUCCAUCCAGCGCCAGCAGCAUCGAUGUGAUUCCUUCGGGGCGGGCAUAGGCAGCGACUGCGGACGUAGCUCAGCCAUGUCUUGCCCUCCGUACCACGCCUCAAACAAGAAGGUGUCGUCGUUGGUGGCCAAUCGGAAAGCACAGGGUGUCUGUCGCCUGAUGGAGUCUCGGGCCAUCGCGGCGCUCUCUCCCGCCAUGGAAUGCUAGGCUGCCUCAUACACUCCGUGAACGGGUUCGUCAGCCUCACUACAUUCCUACAAAGCUCCGUCUGAUUCGGCUGCACGCGUCCCAAGUUGUUUGGCUAGGUCUUUGCGCAAGCUGACUCGAUGGUCGUCGUGGAGGGUGGGUAUGCUGCAGCGUCGAACCCCGACGUGGCACUGAGGGGGAGGGGGAGGGUGCGGAGGAAGUGCUUGCUUGGUGAGAAGCGUCGCCUCACUCUGGCCUCUCAUUAUUAUCAUGCUACGGCGCGGAUGCAGGAAAUGCAGCCCCCGAUCCACGCCACGGACCCCGUCGCCACGUGUUACCCGCCAAGACGAGCCUGUGAGCGAAGAUGCAGCCCCCGGAAUGCAUCCCGCGCUUUCAAGGUAGCAGUAGCAGUGCUGAGAGGGGCAGCAUCGGAAAGGUGCGGUGGAGAAGAAGGGGGUGUGCAGAAGAAAGAGAAAGAAAGUUGCAGCACGUGCAGACCGGAAGCGGGUGCCGUGACCUCUCGUCCUUCUAAUUGGAAGCAACGGGCACCGGUCGGGUCUGAUCGAGUGGUGUGGUGGGCAUCAGAAGAGAUUUUGUGAUAGGAAACUAGAUUCGGAGGCGAUGGAGGGCUCGUGUGGAAGCUUACAGAAAGCUUCGCGCGGGAGAACAGCGGGCGAGGUGGUGGCAGAGAGAGAGAGAGAGAGAGAAACAGGUGAUGGUGUGUGACGUACGGUACGUAGCGCAUCGUAGCGAAUGAUGGGGAGAGACAAGGAGCGAGGCGGCAGUAGUCAGCAUGUCAAAAGAUACAACGGGUGUGGGACUGUGUCCGGCAGUAGAAGCGGUAAGAUGACAGGUGAUAGCCAAACAGACAGACCGACCGAGUAGUCAAGGAGCUGUGUGUGAGUGAGUGUGUGUGUGUGGAGAGGGGAGGCUACGUGUAACGACGGUGUUGGCAACUUCGCAUAUUAUUUUUCUUGUUGGGCGGUCAUACUGUGGGUGGGUGGCCGUCAAGCUGCGACAAGUCGACGACUCGCUUCACCCGCACCCGCACCCGCACCCGCGCCCGCGCCCGCGCCUUUCCCAUCCCUUCACACUUCGCUUCCCUUCUCCUCCUUCCGUCUGUCCUCCGGCCCAGCGCGUUGCAUUUUGCACUCCCGUCGCAGCCGGAGUGGCGUACGGCUCAGGCGCAUCAGCGCACAGCACAGCUUGCUCGACUACGCUACGCUACGCUACGCUACGCUACGGUAUUGGUUAUUGGUUGGAUCUGGUGACCGGUUGCCCCUUCGAUUGGCGCGCAUUUCACCCUUCAACUACUCUGCCGGCGACUUUCGCGCAGCAAAAGCAAAAUCAGGCGCGGGUCGCACCAGUCACUCUUCCGUGCCGCCCUCGUAUUAUCUAUACAUUUCUCUUCUUCAUCGAAAUUGAGCAAUCUCCAAGGAGGAUUCGCACCCUUGCUCCACGCCAGCAACGUGUGUGCGUGUGCGUGUGCGUGUGCGUCGGACUCCGUCCUCGGUGCGCGCCCUCUCUCGUCUACCCUCUCCUCACGGCAGCACAGCGCGGCGCACGGCGUGUUGGUCGGGACUCGCUCCCCCAUACCUCCCUGCUGCUGUUGCUACUGCGCUCCUUUCUCCGCCCGCACGCUCCGAAUCAAAUUCGUCUCGUCUCGUCUCGUCUCGUCUCGUCUCGUCUCGUCUCGAAUCACGCUCGCCGUGUUCUGGACGCAGCGGUUGACAAAGGUGAAAGGGGAAAAGGUGAAGGGGGAAAGGUCAAAGGCGAAGGAAACGCGAAGCAAAGGCGAUCUCCGGGCGGUCCGGAAGGCGCAGACCGCCAAACGAAGACGAGGCCGGCUGUUCCCGUCCGCCGAAUUACUCAGCCACGGCACACGGGCAACACGGGCAACACGGGGCCACACGGAGAGACAGUCACAGACUUCUCCUGCACCCAAAACCUCCACUCGUCAUCCCCUCCUCCUUCCACCCUUCCACCCUUCCACCUCCUCCCUCCCGUCGACAUCCUCUCCUCCUACCACCGCAACACCUCGAGCCCUUCUUCUCACCCGCCACGGCCACGGCGCUGCUCUCGCCUCCGCCAACCUACCGCAUCCGCAUCCGCAUCCGCCAGACAGGCGCCGCACUCCUCUCACGGCGCGCGACCGCGACUCGAAGACCACACUCCUUCGCCUGGGGACGAACUAUUCACUUAGAUCCCGUCCGCGUCGCAUCGCAUUGCAUCGUCACCACCACCACCACUCACCCGCUGCCUGACUCCGUUUCGGUCAACGACGCCGUUUGCUCGUGCGCAUCGCCCCCCACGACCAGCUUCCCUACCAGCAUUCUACACCACCUCUGGUCACAAGCUACACCCGACUCGGAGCAUCCACCACCGCCGCGCCAUCCAUCGACGGUCUACCUCGCUUCACCUACUACGCAUCUUUCGCAUGGUCAAGAGACAGUAGACUUCGCACCUCCUUUGCGGUGCUUGGUCUUGGUUCGUGUGCUCGGGUCAAGAAACGGUUCGUUGCUUGCAGAAUUUUCCACCACCAACCCACCACUGACGCCUGCUCCAAGGUUGUCUCCACACACCGUUUCUUCCACCUCCCCCGCUGUUCCUGCAAUCAUGCCAGGCUACUACUCUCGGUCCAUGGCCGGCCAGCUACCACUUACUCCACCAGACUCCGGCUCCGGAUAUGGAUACGCCAACAUGUACUAUCCACAGGAUCCAUACGCCUCGCACCCGCCCGUCAGCCAGUGUCGCCAGGACAGCGCGCACGAAUACCAUCACCAAGCCUACAUGCAGCCACCCGUCGCCCCUGCACCACCGACGUACCAAUAUCAGAACAACUACCACGCCUCCAACAGCCUGCCUCCGAUCCAGUACUACGAGCCCAUUGGAGCUCCCAUCCUCCCGCCGCUCCGCAUCCACGAGCGUCUCCCCUUCGCCGACGACUACCAACGCCGACUCCAGGAGGAACAGCAGCAGCAAGCCGCCGUCGCCGCACGUGAGCAGCAGCAGCAGCGACACGCCGCCAAGGAAGAAAAGGCAACCGGCGGUGUGUCCGCCAAGCUUGACUACGAGAUGGAUCGCAUGACCGAUUUCGUCAGUCAGGCUGUACAGUCAAUGUAUGCUUUCCACAGCUCCCCAGUCUGCAUGGCAGAUAUUGACAUGACUCGAAGCUUUCAACAGCAGAUGCAGAGCCGCCCGUCAUUUCAGAAGUGGGUGCACCAGGUGCUCUCGGCGACUCGUCUCCCUUCCGCCACCAUCCUGCUCAGUCUUCACUACCUGAACGACCGACUCUCCUCCUGGCCAGACUCGGUGCCGAGAGGCGAGAACCAGAUCUACCGUCUGCUCGCUGUGGCCCUCAUCAUGGGCAGCAAGUUCUUGGAUGACAAUACCUUCAUCAACAAGUCGUGGUCCGACGUCACCGCCAUCCCGGUCAGCGAGCUGAACAUGCUCGAGCUGAAGUGGUUGCAUCUCAUCAACUACCAACUGCAUGUCGAGCCAAAGGAUGGCCUGCAAGCCUGGAUCGACGCCUGGAAGAAGUUCGACGCAGAGAUUACCGCCAAGCUGCAGCCGGUAUCGACUCGUCUGUCGCCGCUGGCCACGAACGUGCAUCGUCACAACACCGGGUCUCGUGAGAGGUACUCGCCGUACCCGUCGCCGUACACCGCAACCACGACUUCGACUGCUUCAACUCGAUCUUUCGACGGUCAUCCGUCGGCGCGCUCCUCUCAAUUUUCCACGCCAUACAGCGCGUCCGAUCCGUGGACCUCGAAUCAGCGCCCGCCAGACGACUUCUACAAGCGCCAAGACCGCUACUCGACCGCAUACGAGUUUGACGAUGCCGGCCGCCGUGCCUCGGAGGAGCGCGCUCGUCAUGGUGCGUAUCAAUACGCUCAGAGCGGCCAUCAGUCGUACUACCAACCGGCAUACGGCUCGGGCUGGAAUCAGCUUGCCGCCUGGAAUGACGCUCACCGAUACGAUUGCCAUUGCUCUGCCUGUGCAUACCAGCAGCACUACCGGCCAUAUCCAAUGACCUCGAGCUAUGCUGCUCAGACCGUCAUGGGGUAGAGCCUUUCCCAUUCGUCGGCUUUACACCUUCAGCACUACAGGCGCCUAUCAGUGCUUGUACUUUCUACUCCCUGGGACCUCUGCAGCAUUCACGCUUUCCCAAAAAGUUGACCUCGCAGACGGGUCCUUCGGAAGCAUGCGAUUCUCUCAUACUAAUUGCGGAGCGAUUUCCCUGCUCCCUGACUAAAAAUUGCUCUUCUCCACGAUGAACUGGCACACAACGGCAUCACGGUCUGGAUUGGAACCUAUUGGUCGUCAACCCGAGACCUGCGAUAGGUUUCGGUUGACCUCGACCUGCGAUAGGUUCCGGUUGACCUCGACCUUGGAAUGUCCGACGUCCACGAACAUCCUCGAACGGAUUCGACGCUCGAGUUACCAGUUCUCGCCACUAUUUGUUUCUCGGCACAGCGGAUGGGUGCUUUGCUUUGUUGCGUUUCUCUACUUGAUGCGGCACGGACUGGGUUACGGGAUUACCACGGGGUUUGCUACGUCUUUUUUUUUUUUUCACUCCAGCAGGGCGUUUUCAAAAUGGGGCAAGUCGGGCUUGCGGCUCUAAAAUGGAUCACGGAAAUGGGAUGGAGACUGAUUGCGUUCGAUGCAUAUGACCUGCUUUGGGGCCGCCACGAUGCGGCAAGUUGCCGCUACUGCGCCUACGUUUCUUGGGCCCUGCGAAGAUGUUGCGGAUCACAUCGCUCGCGACCAUUCAUCACGGGACAGGGUUACGUUGGGCAGUUGGCGCGCACGCAGAUUACUGAUUCUUUGCUUGUUUGUUUCAUCACCUGUACUAGAUACCAACAUCGCGCAUGUAUGGGGCGGUUUUGGGCGACACGGCGAUGUUUGCGCUGGGUCGAUAGCUUCACGGUCGUUAUUGGGGAAGAGGAAGAAAGCGGAUGACGAUGCCUCUUGCGAAUUAGACACAGCUUGGCUUGUAAUGCAUUGCGCUCCACGCCGGGAGCUUCUGACUGACUCUGGACUCGAAACCUUCAUCCUGUGUGGCCGCGUAUCUCCCGUCCCCGUCAAAGGUGAGUGGUAAGCCACCGUCUGCAGUGAGUACUCAUCGUCUGGCGUAAGCCAUCUCGCAGCGUGCAUACUGUAUACUGUAUACUCCACAUACACCGCUGCCUCGCAAGCUGAGCAACGACUCUCAUGGCUGAAGGUGUCGCAAUGUGCACGUUAUGCCCGAGUUUCAGACGGAUGUCGGCGCACAGCUGUUUUACCCGCAACGGGGAUUCCCUCAGUCGUCGUGCCUUCUUCCAUCACCGCCGGCGUGGCUCAAACCGAUCGGACUGCCCCAGCUGCCCAACUGCCACAACUUUGAACCUUCCAAGCCGCAGUCCUGCGCGCCGCUCCCCGUUUCAACAACCUCGUAGACAUGUUCUCACAUGCGCGUCGCGGCAAGGGUCGAGUCGCGCGGUAAGAGCACGUCUCUUGUUUACGACUCUCCAGAUUCACGGCUCUCCUCAUCACCCACCUCAGGCAAUCUCUUUCCAAAGCCAAGUCAAAUCAAAAAUGCCUCGUAAAGCAUCUUCGUUCCUCUACGACGCGAACGCCGACGCCGAAGGAUCUCAUGAAUGGCUCUCAUAUUGUCGGCGCGAGGUCGCUGGGUUCAGGCACCGACCCGAUUCUUAUCAGCGAGGAGUCUGAGAGGUGCUUUCAGGGGUGCCAGCUCGACAACGACACCCUUGGGAGGGAGCGAAGCCGCACCAAGUUCAUCUGGUGUGCAAUCGUCGAGCGAGAUCACGGAGGCCACCGAGGCGGAUCCCCGUGCUACGAGUCGCUUCGUGGAAGCCCUCAAUGAUAGCGAGGAUCAUUCCGAGGAUGGCUACCUGCCCGUCGGACGAAGGUCUUCGGAUGAAGGCGCCAAGGAGGCCAGUCUGGAAGACCAGCGGCCAUCGCUACCCAGACCCGUCAGCUUUUGGGACCCGAGACUCCGAUAUGUGCGGCGGGAAGCGAUGCUCAAGUGGACGGUUACCACACUGGUGCUGAUGGCAUUCAUCCUGGGCGUAGGUACUUUUCAUGGCGAGGAGCAACCUGGAGAUAUCUGCUUACACUCAUGCUUUGACCGCAGGUACUGUCGUUAUACUGGGGUGCCUUUACGGCAAUCAACAGGAAAUUACCCAACUUGGCGGUCAUUAUUGUGGACUUCGAUGCGCAGGUCGCGCCAUACAAUAGUAUGGCCAUCCAGCCACUUGUGGGCCCCAUCGUCACCCAGCUAGGGCGAGAGAUGGCCAACAGCCAUAUGCCGCACCUUGGAUAUAACAACGUGCCUCCGUCAGACUUUUUAUAUGACCCGAUCCAGGUUCGACAGGCGAUUUACAAUUUCAACGCGUGGGCUGCCAUCAUCGUCAAUCCGAAUGCUACAGCCAUGCUUCAGUCCGCGAUACAGCACGGCAAUACUUCCUACGAUCCUUUGGGCGCGUGCCAAUUGGUCUACGUCUCUGCGAGGGACGAUACCAAUUGGGCGGACCUCCUCUCACCCAAGCUCUCUGAAUUCAUGAUGGAAGCCACGGCUCGAGUGGGCCAGGCAUGGGCGCGACAGGUCAUGCAAGAUGCCGCAAACGAUCAGACACUGAUACAAACUUUGGAGAACGUACCGCAGGCACUGGCCCCGGCGAUUGGAUUUUCACAGUACGACUUGCGGCCGUUCUUCCCCUUCACCGCCACUCCAGCCGUCACGAUUGGCUUGAUCUACCUAAUCAUCGUCUCUUUCUUCUCCUUCUCGUUCUACCUCCCAAUACACUUCCGCUAUCUACGACCCGAAGGCCAUCCGGUCCUCAAGUUCACCCACUUGAUCCUCUGGCGCUAUUGCUCUACGAUCGUCGCCUACUUCUUCCUGUCCCUCGCCUAUUCCCUCGUCAGCCUGGCCUUCCAGAUCAACUUCUCCGGCGGCAAUCCUGUCCGCACCGAUACCGAUCCAACAUGGACCAUCAACGGCGACAACAACCCGGACGCCUACGGCCACGGCACCUUCCCCGUCUACUGGAUGCUCAACUUCGUCGGCAUGAUCGCUCUCGGACUCGCGUGCGAAAACGCCGCCAUGUUCGUCGGACAGCCCUGGACAGGCCUCUGGCUGAUCUUCUGGGUCAUCACCAACGUCUCGACGGCUUUCUACGACAUCGAGAUCGAACACGGGUUCUAUAGAUGGGGAUACGGAUGGCCUCUGCAUUACAUCGUGGAGGGGAGCAGGCAGAUUCUGUUCGAUUUGCAUUCGAGGAUCGGGCUGGAUUUCGGGGUCUUGUUUGCUUGGGCGGGUGUGAAUACGUUGAUUUUCCCGUUUGCCUGUCGGUUUAUGCGGUGGAAGAGUCAGCAUCAUGUUCGUGAGUAUUAUCGGUAGGAUGAAGGGGGAGGGGGAGAGAAGGCAUUCAUGUUGUUAUGGCGAGUGUGGUUCCAGAGCGAGAUGGAGGAGAAGAUCGCAGUAUAUACAACUCGCUGCAGAGAAAGAAUUCAUAGCAUCUUUGCACAUUGGACGUGCAUCUCGAUGGCUGCUACUGCUGAGUUGUUCAGACAAUGUUGUCGCAAGGUGGAAGGACGUUGUAUUACACAUGGUGGCAUUCGUACGUACGCAAGUGAAUGCCAUGUGAUCAGAUUGCAGCCUCAGGCAUCAUGAGGCCCACUUCCGGAAUUCCUCCGCAGCUCCUUCCGCAGCUUCACUCACAUAGCAAGCAAGUCGCGCGUCGCCCCCAAGCAAGCAAGUGCCGCACAGCCAAGCUGACUCCCAGCAACUUCUUGCCCCAACAGCCAACCCAAGUCGCAUCGCGCCGACGAUGCCGUUCAAAAAGGGCGGCGGCCACUCCAAGGGCCGCAAGAGCACCCGCAUCUCCCUCACCGUCACGCGUACGUUUGGUUCAACGCGAGGGACGCAAAACGCAUGUUGCUAAAUCGCAAGACAGGCACACCGACACCGACACAGAUCCAAUACGAAGACGAAACCAUGGGCGAUGCGGACGAGGAUCCGACGCGCGAUGUCACGCCCGCCGCGCAGGAGGAUGAUGGGGAGGAGGAGGAGGAGGAAGCUGCUACGCCUGCCGCGGAGGAGGAUGAGGAGGAGGAGGAGGAGGAGGAAGACGAUGAGCCGCAGAUUACGAGUCUCCCGCGGCGACGGGUGCGUGGUGGGGUGCGGAGUUCGAGGAGUGCGCGCGUCGCGGCUACGCCUGAGGCUGGGAUGGAUGAGGGAUCGGAGUCGGGGACGCCGGCGAGGCGGAGACGAGGCAGACCGCCGGGCACGGGAGGGGGCAGGGGAAGAGGAGGACCGAAGCGCGGAAGGGGCAAGAAGGACGAUGGGCCGAGUGUGGUGAUCGACAAGGAGGGCAAUCGCCUGGAAGUCGUGGACGACGAGGCGAUAGUGGAUUUCGAUGAGGAGGGAGCGGAGAAGGUGGAUGCGGUGGGAAAUCUCCAAGGCGGGAGGGAGUACCGGGUGCGGACGUUUACCAUUCUCGGCAAAGGCGAGCGGCUGUACAUGCUCUCCACGGAGCCUGCGAGAUGUUGUGGCUUCCGGGACAGUUAUCUCUUCUUCACCAAACACCCGAAGCUGUUCAAGGUCUUGCUGGACGAGGAGCAGAAGAAAGACCUCAUCGAUCGGGAAGUCCUCCCCAACAGCUACAAGGGUCGCAACAUUGGUGUCGUCACCGCGCGAUCCGUCUUCCGGGAGUUUGGAGCCAAGAUUAUCGUGGGUGGACGCCGGAUUAUCGACGACUACAAAGUCACGCAGGCUCUCGAGAACGGCGAAGUCGAAGGCGAGCUCGUGGACCCCGAUGACUACGUCCCGGAAGACCGAUCGCAGUACAAUCGGAAUCGAUAUGUUGCCUGGUUCGGUGCUAGUGAGGUAUAUCGCUCACAAGGCGGUGGUGCGACGGUGCCUGGUGGAAAGCAAGGAAAUUUGGGCAGGAAACGCAACAAUGUCACCGUGCAGAACUGGCAGAUUCUGCAUGCGCGGGAGGCGAGGUGAGUGACAAUUCUUUCAGAUUCUCGGGUCUUCCUGCUAACAUGUCUUGACAGCCGCUUCAACUCUACCCUGACAGCCAUGCGCAAGGCAAAUCUGGACGGCGUGUACGAGACCAACACGAAUAUGAUGCAUUACCCGAAGAUCAUGCAACCGACGCAUGCAAAGUGGGAGUACAUCCCACCCGACGACGGCGAAGACAAGAGGAAUUUGACGAAUGGCCUGGGUAAUGGCCAUCACUCGCUCUCUGACUCGGACCACGACACUGUGAUGGAAAUUUCCCCGUCCAAAGACACAUCCAAACCCACCAUCUUCUUCAAAGUACCACCAGUCAUCUCACGGAAUUUCACCGUCGUCGACACCGUCUACCACGCGCCUCCCAUCUCCAACGCCGGCUAUCCUGGCCCCGACGGACACGUGGAAGAUCCUACCUCUGGCCCCAAUGGGCUGAGCACCGUGAGUCAGGAUCUGAUCGAUGAGCUCCCUCCGGACUGUCGGGCUGCUUUUGAAGAGGCCAGGGGUUCGGAAGUGCGGUGGAAGCAGCAGUGGGGUACGGAGACGCACAGUGCGCAGCGGGGCGUAUUGAAGAUUGGCUUUAAUGGGUAUCCGGUUUGACGUUAUUCGGGCGUUGGGCGAAUAGGAGUUUUGAGGGCGUUUGUUGUUGUUUUUGUUGAUGUUCUUACGGUGGCGGCGGUUCGCCCUUGAUGAAGUUGCAAUUGGAACGGAAUGGGAUGAUGGGGGUUUUUUUCCUGAUGCUGCGAGGCAUUGCAAUGGGUUUCGCUUUUCGGGGUCUGUAUGAGAUGAGAUUUGGACUGAUACUGAUAUCCAUCCAUCCGUCCGACUGGGUGGGUGGGCAUAGGCAGAGAGAGAGGUAUGUAUGUAUGUGACUUGCAAGAUUCAAAAUUGCAAGAUGAUGAUGCUUCGAUGAAAUGUCUACUGUUUCACGGAACGGGGCGUUGCCGUUGGACGGCUCGCUACACAUCGGAAUUAUUGUUUGAGUCGAGAGAAGGACAGCUGGAGCUGUAAUUCGCAUCGCUUGUUAAAGCGAGCGCCGCGCGCUGGCUCGCUCGGUUGACUGGUUUUUGGGGAUGAUAUCCAAGCUAUGAUCUCUCAAUUCCUGAAUCGGGGUAAAAGGGCAGCUGGCCUAAACAACUCGGACCGCAUUGUUGGGUCGGCUCUCAGUACCGACCGCACUGUACCGACUGCCCAUGGCGAAUGAUUCGGCAAAGCUGUCCGCUGCCUUUUUCCUGGCGGAGAGGCUGGAUAGCCUGAUUCGGGUGGCUGUGAGUGAGUGAGUGGCACAAUGGCGUCCCAUCCCAUCGCAACCCUCUCUUUCUUCGGGAGUGUGAGCGGACGUGUGCUAGGUAGGUAGGCAUCAGCGGCCGCUUCUGUGCCGAAAGAAAAGCCUUGAAGCCUCUCCUGGAUGGAAUUGCCUGCUGGGUUCCCCUGUCCUGUGGAGGACUGGGGGGGGGGGUUUUUUUUCGGAUCGUAUGUUGAGUACUAUGUUGUUGGAGAUGGGAGACUGAUACCUUUCUUCUAGAUCUCGCAGGUUCUCGGAUCGGUUCUCUUCCUCGCCAUCACAAUGCCCAUCACCCGAGUCUCCUAUAUCGCCUUAGACCGACGUGUGUGCCGAACGAAACGCUCAUCUAUGUCACCUCGCUCGGCUGGCUUUAUGGGCUUCUUGUGUGUGUGUGUGUGUGUGUGUGUGUCUUGGUGCGCUCCUACAAAUCAUCACGAUAUCGUAUUGCUUUUGGCUCUAUGUGCGACGAGCUGUCCAAGGCAAAGGCAAAGGCGGGGAUAUGGAGCCAUCACGUCGCAGAAAUGCUGCUCGCUACGGCUGACUCCAAAUCCGACCGUGGACUCGCGUGGCGGAGUUUUCGUCCUCAGCUGUCUUGUCAUCUCCGCAUGCGUCUUCUUUGCGGUAUCUUUCCUGCAAACGAAUCUUGCUCCUGGCGAGCUCUCGCCUCCGCAGAAUCGAGCGCUCCGGAUUUGGACGGCCGGUUUGGUUCUGAAUGGUGGAGACACGAAUCAGUGUCCCUCCGCUGCAGCGGAUCUGGGAUUCAAGGAGAGCGUGCUCAUUGGAGUGGCAGUGAGUACAGCGACGCUAUCGUGCUUGGCCCGGCCUCCUUCCUGACUGACGCCGUAGCUUGUCGGCCUCCUGGCAGCAAUUUGCAAUGAUGUGCGGUUCCAUGAUCACUGGCUGGUGGCGCCUCGUUCGAUACCAAACCCGCAGACCCAGCAUCGGGGAAGACUUCAUCGUCCUUAAUACACCGCAGCGAAAAUCCUUCGGCAGGCCUCUCGAGUCUGAAAAGAUGCAGAACAAGCUGACAUUACACUAUCUACCACAUUACCGCCCACCUACCGGGGCACCACCGGGCAAGAAGACCAAGUUCAAGAAAGCAAGACAAAGAGAGCAAAGAAAAACAAGCAUGCGCUGAUAGUAGGUCUUACCCGAAGUACCUACGAACCGCUAGCGGGUUUAUCGCAAGGCAAGAGAAGAAAGGGGCCUACGGCCCGUUGCAGGAGUCAGACCAGAGCAGUCACUUACUGUCCACCGCUGUUGCGGCCCGACAACCAGCUGAACAUGGAGCCGGCAGCACGCGGAGUGGCCGGAGGAAAGGAUUGCGGACCGCCUGCACGGUUGGAGUGCGUGGGUCUUGCGGACCCUACCGGUGGCCUGGCGACGGCGAGUUGGCGAAGACUCAAGUUGCUGGAGCCAACCAUCGUGGCGGAGCGGAGAGAAUUGCGGUCCACCGCCUCACCGGCGGUUGGCGAAGCCACCACGGAAGUCGAGGCAUCGGCAGCGUCGCGGGCACGCAGACGGCUCGACCAGUUCGCAUGGUUGGUGAUUGCCCUGCGGAGCUUUGGUCGAAGCCUGGCGAGGAAGUGCCAGAGCUUCUGCUUGUCCGUAUACGGAUCGAUAUCGGCUUCAAGCGUCUCGAGGUAAGUCAAGAAGGCUGGCACGUCCUGUCCUUCCCUCUGCUUCGCCUCCGCGUAUUUGACGUGGGCCUCUAAGGUCCUCGCCAGCGGCUCGUCGAGCAAGUCGAGGAGAUACUGUAUGAAGGAUUCCCACGUCUUAUCAUUUCGCUCGAUAGGAUUUGCUCUCCACCACGCGUACCAGCGGUCCUUUGGCGUACCUGAAAGGAACUGCAUGGCCCAUAACACCUUAUCCUUGUCGCUCUUGAAUUGGCGCGGUGCUUGAGAGAAUGCAAUUUCACACGCUAUCACCCAAUUGGAAAUGACUGCCGAUGACGAAGAGCAUGAGGCCCCGACACAGUCCACUUCUCGAGCACAUCCGGAUGCAAUUACGACUAUGCCGGAGGCAGGGGAUGUCUCGACGCGUCACACGACUAUAGAUUGGUUCGAUGGAGGUUAUGAGGAAAAAGGCGAAGGAGAGGAAGAGGCAGACUCAGGUGGUUGAUGCUGCUUGAGGAUACAGAUGUAAGAGUCUGUUUGAGUGAUUUGCACCGGAUCAUGAGUACGAUACCCUGCACUGUAUCUGUGUGCCGAAGCUUUCUUCACUCAUGCAAAUGCUACCGCUGAGCACAUUCCAAUAACCCUUUGCAAGCUCCGCGGCGAUGGCAGAUAUGUGUUACACCAUUGCCUGUGCGGAAAGAAGCGCGUGCGGCUUUCGAAAAGGAAGCGGAAGGUCUCCCUACCGGAGCGCGUCAAGCCAUGCCAACACAAACCGUUGCGCCAUCUCUUUCUUCGGCAUCGAGUCAGGGAAAGAGAGCUCAGCUAUCCCUGAGCUUCUUGUAUUCCUUGUGCGCCUUAUCGAUCUAGACCCAUUAUCAGUCCGAAUGUCCCACUAACAUUACUCUCAUUCAGCGCACUCACGAGCUUUCCCAUCUUCCACGCGAGACAGAAAGCAUCGACAGCCAAGACCGUGAGUUUCUUCUGCUUGUCCUUCUUAGCCUUCUCUCUAGCUUUCUCGUCGUGGUGUCUGUCUUUCCUCAGGGGUCAGAACCAUGUCUCGUACGUCUCAGACAAGAGAACGACCCAAAAAACAUGAACAGCUAGGCGCGCUUUUCCUCACCUCCAUUCCGCCGAUCGCCAUCACGACGCUUGCGCGCAUGGCGCUCCAUGUCGUCCUUCUUGUCGUUCGAGGGCGACUUUCUUCCCUUUCGGACUCGGCUGUUGUCCUUGUACCAGUCGUCCUCAGCGCGCUGCUUAGCAGCCGCCGCUUCUCUCCUCCGCUGCUUCUUGGCUCGACGCUCUGCUAUGUCUGCUUCCGCCUCGCAGCGCUCGCAGUGUCGACCGGCGCGGAAGUACCAACCUUCAUGCACUUUGCAGAACUCGUGGUGGUCGCCGUGGGGCGCUUGGUGGCUUUUGGUGGGCGAGGAACACCAGCAGUGGUGGCCGGGUUUCUCGUGGAUGGAGGGCAUGUUCCGGACGCGUGUUGGAAGUGAAUGUGUCUGGGUCUCGGGUCAGGAGCGUGCUUCGGAGGCGUGGCUCGGGGGGAGAAACUGGUGGCACGCGUAGCGAAGAGUGUCUUGGAGAUUGGGUCUCCGUGGGCGAAGAGCUGCAUAUAUUUAUCGACUUCGAGGUGACGCUAGAGAUGACGCUAAAGCUGUUGCUAGGAGGAACAAUGCUUUGUGCAGAAGGCAGUCGGCUUGACUGCGGGUAUUUUAGUGUCACAUGUCACGCUAGUGGAAAGCUUAAGUUAUGUCACCUCUCUGGGUAUAUACUACUCGAGAUAUGCCUGCACAUCAACAAAAGCAGUCUAAGGAGAUCGAACUGGACAUCUUCAAGACCAAUAGCCAUGGAAUGGAGGCAGCAAUGCCCCGUGAAGGUAUCGAGAUGGGAAGCCCUCGAGGUUUCCUCCUUAGUAGGGCGGUAUCUCAAAGGGUCGACGAACAAUGGGCAAGGCUUACAGGAGGGUGUUUCGGGACAGAACAUCAAUGAAUCAAAGACGAUAGAACAAAGUCUCACAUAGCUCGGCUACAUGGUUCAGCUAACGCUCCACGCUCAUCGGCGGCACUUGCUCGAGUAGCCAAAAAAAUUCCCAGACAAGAAUAGCGCCAGCUUUCCUCAAGCUAUUGGAACGACUCGCAUUGCUCGUGACUGAUCAAACAUGUAGUAUCCAUGACUGUCAAAAGGCCCUGCUGUUACGCACCAUGACCUAGAAAGGGGGCAGGAGUCGCCAGCAGCAGGAGAGGAAGGGGCGCAGAAGCUCGCCUAAGAGUAGAAAUUCUUGCAGGAGUCAACUUUCUUCUUCUACUUGCCACUGUCUUGCAUCUCGCGCUUCUCCUCUUGGCGCAUCCUAGCGGAACUCUCGUACCAAUCGUUGUCAUCCUUCUCAGUGGCGGCCUUCGCUCUCAUCUUCACCUUGCGCUCGAUCUUCGCUUCGCGCUCGGCCUGAUCGUCGCAUUUCUCACACGGCUGGUCGAUACGGAAGUAACACUGGGUGUGGAUGAGACAGACCCUGUGGUGGCAUCCAUGUGGAGUGGGAACAGUGCGACGUCUAGUCGAGCAGUGAGAGUGGUGGCAAGUCCCCAGAAUGUUAGGCAUGCUAGGUUUCCAAACGUAGCUAUGCCCAUCCUCUAUUUUGAAACACAGCAAAGCCUUGUCAACUCAUAUGCGUCGGUUCCAGGCCCAGUAUGCCACACAGCAAACCACUGCAACGAUUGGAAGGGCCUUCAACGCCAUGCUUCCAACAGAAUCCCAAGUAGGGUCCGGAAACCCGGCACUUUGUUCUUUCUCCUCGUUGUCCUCGUCAUCAUCCUCAUCCUCAUCCUCACCAGAUUCGGGUUCAAGAUUUGGCUCAGGAUCUGGCUGCCAUCUAGCGGUACCACCACAAGCUCGGGCGCCGUCGCCUUCAAUAUUAGUCGUCAAGUUCUCGAUGUAUGACUUUACCACCAGAGCCCAGAAAAAGUGGUCCCAAAGUCGAGAGGCGAAGACUGACUCGAACGCAUUGAGUCCAAAGCUUUUCUGACGGAAGCACUCCAAGGCAAGCUGCCGGUGCUGACCGCGAUAGUACUGUGCCAGGAUCCGCACAAAACGUAGUCUGAGAACUCCAUUGUCCUCCCACUCCUCUUUCAACUCGCUGUUGUCUUGAAUGAAGAUGGGGUAUUCAAACUGGUUGUACUGUGGGCCAGUAUAGUAAUAGUCUCAGUCGAUUGAACCUGACAGUUUCGGAGCUUCGGAGUCAUCACCCUGAGUGAAGAGCAUGCUCUGGCCGUCGUAGUCCCCAUGAAUUAGCCGAAAGGGAGCCGAAAGGAUGAGAUUUUCCUUUUCCUUGAUGAAGAUGCCGUGCAGAAGCUCGUCGACUUUGGGAUAGUGGACUGCUACAUCCUCUGGCACGUAGCUAGUAUCGCUAACGAAGCUACGUGCAUAUUCCUCUGCAGAAUCGAAGGCUCCAUGGCGUGCGUCGCCAUCCAGGUAACCCUUCCGUAGCACUGGACCGACCUCUCCUUUGAUGUCGAUGGAGCCAAUCUUGUCGAACUUUAGAUUCGAGAGUGCGGUCAGAGUCUCCGCGACCUGACCGAUUACUUCAAGCUUGUGGCCCAGUGACAAGUUAGGCCAGAAGUCAUAGAGGCUUGCGCCCGGCAGCUGCUCCAUGAGCACGAACGAGGCCCCCAUUGGAUUGGUCGGAUCUGCAUGAUCCUGCCAUGGACUCCUUUCGACCAUAGUCUUUGAGCCGCCAGACGAUGCUGCUGGCAACAGCAGUCCACCUCAGACCAGCUCUAUCUCGAUUCUUUGCGCCAAGCAACAACGCAGUCUUUGCAGAUUGCAUCAGGUCGCGUCCUUGAAGAGUCGGCCUGCAGAACCAACUUCUCAUCGCUUGGUUCCAAAAUGAUUGCUGUGUUGAUCUGUGAAGUCCUCGAUCCUUUUCCGUACGGCAUUGCUUCCAGGGCCAGUCUAUAAUUUUCACCAUUCGAAGUGCACACACUCCUGCAAGCCCAUGACUCGCAUCGCUGAUAAAAACAUCACAUGCCAAAUUUUGAGUUCCAGGGACCUCGGCCAAUCGAACCACACCAGCAAACCCGGCGGCGAACUGCUGCACUCCAGCCGAAAGUCUGCCUCUCCGUCCUCUUAAAAGCUGCAGGGUAGAAACGCGACAGUUUGAAAGAGCGAUGCUGAAGACUCGCAGCUCGCGUUGAGGCUCCCCUUGGACUCAAGGGUCAUCUGUACGCCCAAAUGAAGAAUUUCAUACACGGAGUCACAAGGACAGCCGACAAGCGCUUAGUCGUGGGAGAAGUUGGUGUGGGCGGAACGGAGUUGAAGCUCUCUAUUCGCGAGCGGCGAGAGGUUGUGUAGAGCUAGCAUCAUCAUGCAGAUCAGUUCUUCUUCCAGAGGUCAUUCGCAGGUAACGCAGGUGAAAGCAUCGAGCUUAUGAAACCGCUAAAUAAUGUGAUAGAUAAAGCUGAGAUGUCCCGGCCUAUAAGGAUACGGAUCAAUCUAGGUAAGAACUGGAUCGCGUGCUUUGUGGUUGUUUUUGACAGCGCAUACUUGCAUUGUCUGUUCGUGGCAUUUUUGUCAAAGAUCUGAUAAAACCGGAAGAGGUAUGGGGGCUGCCACCGCAGCUGCUUCUGCGGUGGUACACAGAAACAGAAAUUGUUUUGCUUGCAAAGGUUAGUACCAGGCCCGAUGUCAACGCUUGCCGUAUACCUCGCGCUGACAGUCGUGGCAGAAAAGAGGAUGAACGCCAACGUACCUCGUCAUCGAGCUCACCAUUCUCCAAAAUCGUCGCUGAAAGUUCACUUCUUGCUCGACGACACUCAUGAAGAGAUCGAAACAUCACCACCGACUUGCAACUGCGGCAAUCUGUUCUGCUUUGGUGGCAGCCUUUGUGACUCCCGAGGAUCUGGCACACUUGGGGCGGAAUAUGAGCCUGAGCCAACGUGGGUCACGGCGCUGAUGGAGACGUGGUCGACUGGAAGUUGAUCGUGGUCGUUGGGGGUGUGGAAGACCAGGCGGAUUUGUGUUUUUGUACUGACGAUACCCGAUAUCUCCUGAGAUGGCAUGUUCUUCAGGCUUUCGUUAAAGUCGCAUGUACGGAUGAAAGAGGAUUCUGCAUUUGAUGGAAGAUAGCGAUAGGUUGUGCGCCCUUCGCCCAUGCCAUGCUACAGCUGGGUUGCUGCAGCUGCACAAUCGGUCAAGGACCCUGGCAAACUGAAGCGGAGUCAACUGAACCAAUAUGCCACGUUUGAAUUGUGACACUCAGUCAUCUACCAAUGUCUUGUUCCCGGUGCUCCUUUGACGUGUUCACGCUCAAUAUCGCUCGUCGUCCAGCCGCCGUAGAAGUCCCCCGGCUGGGGCUCCACCCUCUCGCCAUCAACGUAGCACUCCCACGGCCCCGCGUAAAAGCUGAGAUAGUCUUUGAUAUCUUUGAAUCCCGGAGUUGGGCUCUCAUACGUCCAGAUCCUGCUCUUGACGACCUCACUUGGAUUACUGGGGUUCGCGAUAUCGAAGUACGUCGCUCGACCUUUCCAUUCGCAGAACGAUGUGUUGCUAUUCUUCGAUAACGGUACUUUUAUCGAAGACGGCGGGAGGUAGUAGGUUGGCGGAUGGUAGGUCUCGAGAGCCCAAUACGCGUCUUUGGUCUCCGCGAUAGUCUGGCCUCCCCAUUUCACCUCGAGAUGUCGGGGCGUCUUGUCGCACGAUGGCGGCCGCGGAAAGUUGCGUGGAUUGAGCUUGGUACCUGUGGCUGAAGACAUCAUGCGUUUGAACAUAUGUCGAGGAUGAGAAGGAAGUUCACGUUGGGGAGGAGAAGAAGAUUGUAGGGUCAAUGUUGUGCUAACAUCGUCAUCGAUCAAUGCCCUGGUGCUAUUUCAUGCCUGAGGCAUGAAAUAUCCGACUCCUACUGCCGCCUCGCUGUCGACUGCACGUUGCACUUGUGCGGUACAUCCUCCCAUUUGUCAGCACUCGGAUUUGGUUACAAUCCCCGUUCACUCAUCACUAUUCCUCGUGUCAUCGGGCCGGGCAUACAUGAAGCGCACCCGUCCCCAGGAAGACAUGUCCAACCGCGCAGCAGCUGGGUUAUCCUCGGCUGUCCAUUUCCCUUCCGAAGUUCUCCCACAAGAACGACAUUGAACUGACUUGAGACGAUACCGUAUUACCGUCUCAUCUGGAAAACACAUAUCGCAACAAUGUCGGAGCGUCUCUUUAAGCCCAUGAAGCUGGGCCAUGGCCAGCUCCAGCACCGAAUCGUCAUGGCACCUCUGACGCGUUUCCGAGCCGAUGAACACAACAACCCCUCCGAGCAUGCAAAGCUGUACUACGAACAACGUGCCUCCGUCCCUGGUACGCUGAUCGUGACUGAAGCAGCUUUCAUUUCUCCCCAAGCAGGCGGUUAUCCGAGCAUUCCCGGGAUCUGGAGCGAAAGUCAAAUCGCCGGUUGGAAGGCAAUAGUCGACGCAGUCCACAGGAAAGGAUCGACCAUCUAUCUCCAGCUCUGGGCUCUGGGUCGUGUGGCUCAAGAAAAGGUAUUGAAGCAAGGCGGCUAUCGCGUUCGGAGUGCGAGUGCGAUCCCGGUUGCCGCGGAACAGACAUCAUCUGCCAGCGCAACGACCGUUCCUGAUGAAAUGACAGAGGAGGAAAUCAAGAGCUUCGUGGAGGAUUAUGCUCAAGCUUCGCGGAAUGCUAUGAAAGCUGGUUUCGAUGGCGUUGAGAUCCAUGGUAAGAGAAUUCGAAAUCACGGACUCCCUGGAGAUGUGCUAACAUGUGACAGGCGCGAACGGCUAUCUCAUCGAUCAAUUCUGGCAGGACGUGUCCAAUCGACGUCAGGACAAAUAUGGCGGUAGCAUCGAAAAGCGCGCUCGUUUCGGGGUGGAAGUCACGAAAGCCGUUAUUGAAGCCGUGGGCAAUGAUCCCAAGAAAGUAGGCAUGCGACUGUCGCCAUGGGGCAACUUCCAAGGAAUGGGCAUGGAAGAUCCCGUCCCACAGUUCAAGUAUAUCGUCGAAGAACUGCAGAAGCUUGACCUGGCAUAUCUCCAUCUCAUCGAAAGUCGCGUUUCUGGCUCUGCUGCAGAUGGAGUCUACCGCUCUGCCGAGGAAGGAGGAACGCGAGAGCUUGAUCCCUUCAUCAAGGCUUGGGGAACGCAGUUGCCACUGAUUCUUGCUGGAGGCUACACGCCCGAGAAGGCCAGAACGGUCGUUGCGGAGCAAUACACGGACGACAACAUCGCGAUUGCGUUUGGGAGAUACUUCAUCAGCACCCCAGAUCUACCUUUCAGGAUCCAGCACGGUAUCCCCUUGAACCCAUGGGAUAGACCGACAUUCUAUAAGCCGGGCCCUGGAGGAUAUACCGAUUACCCGUUUAGCAAAGAAUUCUUGGCCCAGGAGAGUAGGCUGUGAGGAGGUAUAUGAUGUUCAUACAUUGAAGAAGUAGAGUUCUAGAAAAGCACUCAGCCGCUAAGCGAAGGAAAUCCCCUUGGGCGUCUGCUUCUUCCCGGUUUAUCGCUAAUCAAGAAACCUAGGACAGGUAUAUGAGACCACCAUCGCUCUGAUCUACACGUGCGAAAGCUCUCUGGACCGUCCCAGCAAGUGCAGACCGGCCGCGAUCUCCAAAGCUCGACGGUGGAAUAAUUGAAGAGUGUCCAGAGUAUGGCGGGCAAGAUCGCAACCUAAAACGUCGUCAGCAGCCUGCGCUUAUCUUAUGUGCUCAAUGUUAGAAGGGUCGACUUACCCAACCACCCACAUCCCACCCCGACGCCACCGGCCAAACAACUGCGACAACAACGGCCACCAUCCACAGGAAAUUCGCCACGACUAGGACUGACAUCUUUACUCUUCGCCAUUUCUCCACCUGUACAUCUUCCGCUCUCUCUUCGUCUACAUACCACGUGCGCCUCUCAAAUCCACACCUUCUACAUACUCGCGAGCUUUGUUCCUCUUCAGAUGGCGAUACACCCCAAAUACUGCUACUGUGGAUUCCCGGAGGAGCAAUGGUUCCGUAUCCAUCGCUUGGGAUCCGUCUCGCAGGCUGGAUGAAUUUCAUACUCUUGCCCGUGGAAGAGCGAGGACGAUUUCGGAUUGGCGUUCCGCCUGCUGAAGGUGGUCGAAGGCUACGUGAACUCCUGUUUGUAAACGAUCGAGGACGUACUUCUGGUCGCCUCCCUAUUCCUAAAGUUGAAGAGGCACGUCGGCCGUGCACACUUCUGCCGGUCGAAGACCGCGGCCUUCGCUCUGUCUCUAGCCCGGGCGUUGUCGGAGCUUCUAUUCCAUGGCUUGAAAAGGUCGAUAUCGAUGGAGCAAGCUCUUCGCCCAGUUGGUCUUCCGGUAAAUAAAAAUGUGAUAGGGUAAGUGGUUGCCCGUCAGAGCUGGAGCCCAGGCUUCUGUUCUCAUCGUCGCUGUCGCUGUCGUGAUGGUCCUCAAGAAGAUGCACCUCCGACAUGCUCUGCUGCCUCAAUGGGUUGCCGAAGUAUGUUUCUGCGCUCUCAAGACGCAGUGAACGGCUUGUUGCUGGACCUGCUGUUUCAAGCGGAGAACUAUCGAAUUUCGUAUCUUGUCUGCUUCGAUGCUUGGCUUUGUUGGACUCGGACUCGCCUUCAUUGCGAGUCCAUUGCUCGACUUCCACGGUCAUGGAGGGCUCAGGCUGCUCAUGGACGUAAGGUCGAGUGGUGUCACAUGUCUCCGCCGUGGGAGAGAUGCCUUCGAUGGGUGUCAGAUCGAAAUUGACCACGGCGGUAGCGGAGCUGGAUCGCCUCCUGCGCAGUCGACUGCUGUUUGCGAAGUCUUUAUCGAAGAUAUUUCCCGCAGCCGUGUCUGCGGCCGGUGAAAGGUCGUUCUCAGUAGCGACCGUCGGUCGGUUGGCCAUUGGAGUUGCUGCUGAACUUCCGAUAUCUUGGUCAGUUGCAGAAGUCAUGUCGAAUAGCGUUGUUGGAUUCUGGUGAAAUCUGUUGUAGAUGAUCUUCUCGUUUGAUUAGGGAUUGCAUAGGGAGUUCCAAAUAGGAUGAUGAGGUGAAGAAGCUCGGAGUCAGAGUAUGUAUUUCCUUUAUGGUCUGACGACAUUUUGGACCCGGAGACCUGGUUAUCACCGCUUAGUAGCUACACCUCACAGCCUCCUGCCAUUUCUAUGCAGUCUGCGCAUCGUCUUGAACAAGACCCCGCUCUGCGAUGGAAAACAGUUGAAGCCUUUGCGAAAUUACGGAGUUGACGGAGCAGACGAGCGUUGGCCAUGGUAGGCAUCGGCUGUCGAGCAAUUGCCAGUGCUGUCGUCGAUCGAUAUGAGGACCGAUCGCGGCCAGCGGUCGUUUGAAUUCGCUUUGGUCCAGUGUUGUACCUUGGGAGAUACCGUUUGGCGUACCCUACUUUCUGCAGUAGAGACGGCUCAAUGCGCAACAAGUAGCGUAUAGAGUACUUGCAGACAGAAUAAUAUUCCCUUCGCGCACAUCAUGGUAGGGACAGAGCUUGCAGAGGUUCAGGAACAACCAGAUCAGCAGCAGCGGCCGUCGAGGUGCCUUUCGAUAACGUGCAAGGACGCUGUCCGACGAGACAUCUUCGGUCAACCCAUGGCGAAGGCCAAGCAGACCAUACGCGGGAGCUCGUGGGAAGAACUUUCAGCGCCUUGGUUAGCGCCUGAGUUCGCUCUUCAAUUGAUUGUUCGGUAUGUGCAACGGCGACGAUGGUUUCCAUGCUUGUGUUGCUCUCAUGGCCUUGUCGAAAGAUGAUAGAUCAUGGAGCCUGAACGAGGCUAAUGACCAUCGAUUAUCAGCGUUCGAAUUGGAAGUGAAGUGAAGAAGCUAAGGCUUGUUGCGUGGCUGGGGACUGUUCUGCUCCCCUGUGCGCUUGGUCCAAUCGGCUCUGUUGCCAAGAGACCUGCAGCUUGUUCGGACCGUUGUGCGUGCUGCAGCUCGACGGCUAGAAAUCGAUAACAAAACGUCUCAUUGUCGUGAGACUUUUUCAGAGAGGCUCACACUUCGCCAUUGACUCACUCUUUCUCCGGAGACAACUUCACGCCCUUUACACCAAACCAAUCGCUCGACAACACACAAGAUCAAACACAUCAAGAUGGGGAAGGGCAAGGUUUGCUUGGCCUACUCAGGCGGUCUGGAUACCAGCUGCAUCCUCAAGUAUCUCAUGGUAAGUCCAACUGAGCCCCGCUACACAACAUCGUACCAGCCUUCGAGAGAUCGCACUUUCCAUUCGGAGGGCGUAACUUGCUCCUGCAAUCUCUUCCGACCCCAAUGGCUGACAAACAAGUCAGGAGGAGGGAUAUGAAGUCAUCUGCUUCAUGGCCGACGUUGGCCAGGAGGAGGACUUCGCGGCUGCCAAGGAGAAGGCCUUGAAGAUCGGAGCGACCAAGUGCUACAUCGAGGAUCUUCGCCGCGAGUUCAUCGAAGAGCUCUGCUACCCGGCCAUUGCCUGCAACGCCAUCUACGAGAACGUCUAUCUCCUCGGUACCUCACUCGCCCGCCCGGUCAUCGCCCGCGCCCAAGUCGCAGUCGCCCAGAAGGAGGGCUGCUUCGCCGUCUCUCACGGCUGCACCGGCAAGGGCAACGACCAAGUCCGCUUCGAACUCGCCUUCUACGCCCUCCAGCCAUCCAUCAAGGUCAUCGCACCAUGGCGAGACCCGGUCUUCUACAACAAGUUCAAAGGCCGACAGGACCUGCUAGACUAUGCCUCUGAGAAGGGUAUCCCGGUCACCAGCACCAAGAGCAAGCCAUGGAGUAUGGAUGAGAAUUUGGCACACUGCAGCUACGAGGCGGGCAUCCUCGAGGACCCCAACACCAGCCCACCAGAGGACAUGUGGAAGCUCACCGCAGACCCACUGAAAGCCCCAGAUACUCCUGAUGACUUCACCGUCACUUUCAGCAAGGGUCUCCCUGUCAAGCUCGAGUACGAGGGCGGCAAGAAGACUGUCACUGACUCCGUCGACCUUUUCUUGACCGCCAAUGCCAUUGCUCGCAAGCACGGCGUUGGCCGUAUUGACAUCGUCGAGAACCGCUUCAUCGGGCUGAAGUCCCGUGGCUGCUACGAGACUCCAGGCUUCACCAUGCUCCGUGCCGCACACAUCGAUCUCGAGGGCCUGGUCAUGGACCGCGAAGUCCGCGCUCUCCGCGAUCAGUUCGUCACCUUCAACUACGCCAAGCUUCUGUACAACGGCCUCUACUUCUCGCCGGAGCGUGAGUUUCUCGAGGACAGCAUCACUGCUUCUCAGAAGAAGGUCAACGGUAGUGUGCGAUGCCGAGCUUUCAAGGGCAUGUUCAGUGUCCUGGGACGCUGGUCGGACACGGAGAAGUUAUAUGAUGAGAGCGAGUCCAGCAUGGACGAGAUUGGCGACUUUGAGCCCAGCGACACUACUGGCUUCAUCAGCGUCAACGCCAUCCGUCUGAAGAAGUAUGGCAAGGCGAAGGAGGAGGCCGGCGACAGUCUGGUCAAGCACAAUGUGGCCGCUUAAGCGCCUUUGCGUCGGGCGUGGUAUUGGGAGUCUUGCUAGACGAGGAUACCUUUAAAUUCGAGCAAGCAACGACUGUAAUGUGAGCGAUUGACCUGUGACUACUAUCAAAGUGACGAUUUCCACUUCAUCAAGAGCGUUCUGCAUAAGAACGUUCAAUCGCUUGUGAUUGGACGAGGAUGCACGGGAGCUAGCGGCAGUACGAAGCCUCGACAGAUUUAUCCCCUUCGUGACAAUCCGACAAGGGGAAAUCUGUCGAGCUGGCCGGGCGCGAGUCUCAUCCUUCGUGUUGGAAAGUUUCCAGCGGUCACUCGCUCUGUCUCUGCAAAACAACGAGGCACGACGUUGGCGACGGCAACGAGGCGCCCAUCUUCAAUUGCUUCCUGACUACCCUGCUCUCCCACGCGUCUCUUGUGGAGCUGAUGAGAUUGAUUGUAAUUUCGAGACCACCACGAGAAUGACGGACAGCACGAGGCCAUUGAGAUCAGGGAUGCGCCUUCGAUGCCGUCUCGUCUCAGUGCUCUCCGGGCGCGUAAUCGAAAGGCACCGACGAGGUCACACUCCAGGAGACGCAGGCCGUGGCUGCGCAUUCCGUUCUCUGAAUAGCACGUCUGCCGGCGACGUUGUUCGCGAUCCGCCCUCCAGGCUCACCGCAAAUACUUCUCGUCUGCACUGGCAUGAUCUGAGUUCUGGCCUCGUUGCACCAGAUCGCGCGCGUCUACAGAGACGUCCCACAGGCCCACCGUCAGCGGAGCCUCAUCUUAUUACUCGACCGAGAUUACCACGCGGGUUCGUGUGAACAUGUCUCUUCCUCGGCUUCAGCAAGCAACGAACAACGGAGAAUUCGCAAUACUGAGUUGGAAGACAUCGACUUCUCUAUCUGACCGCAGCAUUUGCCGGCUUCAAUGAUGCGGUCAACGGUGACUCACAAUUGAAUGCAAUCCUGAAACACAGAGAAGAGCUCUCGAACUGUUUCAGCAGCUCACUGUGGCUGCUUGUCUGCAGAGUCUUUCCUGCUUGUUCUUUCACCCCGGCGAAUCAACGUCUCAGGACGCGCCAAGAAUUCGCAGCGCGCGCUUCUAGCAGUACGGCGCUUGUCCAGCCUCCCGACUACAUCUCCUAACAACACUGGAACUUCUGCAGAAGGAAGGCAUUUCUUGCAGAUACCGAGCCGGGACUCUGCUAAAGUGUUUCAUCUUGCUAACCGCCGGACACAGCGUUUACCUAUGGAACCCAAAGUUAGAACAGCCACUCGUUUACGCUGGAUUCCAUCACCGCCGAAUAGCUGUCCGGGAUGCUGUCUGUCUGGCCCGCCAGAUGGCAUUUUGUGAAACGUGGACCGAAGUCGUCUCAACAGUGCGAACCGUUUGGAUGCUCGACUCCGACCCUCAUGACCGCCUUGGGCCUGCCGUACAUGCCAAAAAGAGUCCAAGCUAACCAUUUAGUGGAAGCACGGAUGUUCGCUGCACUGCUUCCAAGCACGUUUCAUGUUGUACAAUGACGCUACCUGUAUCUGAUAUCCUGGCAUGUUGUGACUCUAUUGGGGAUGCUACCCAGACGCGCAUAUAGAAACCUACUCGCCCGCGCUUCAGCUUUGUCCUUCGAUCACAAUCAUCCACUGCUCCAACGGCAGUCUCGGUCAAUCGGUCGAGCUCAACGAGUCUCUUUGCAUCUUUUGCAUUUUCCUUUCGUCAUCAUUGGAGCUGGUCUCCUGUCAAAAUCAAUUAUUUUUUUUAUUGUCUAAUUACUCACACACGGCCGAAAUACCCAGCUCCGGUAGCUACGAUACAAGAGCAAAAUGGAUCUUCGACACGUCACGCCGCUUUCAGACGUCGACGUCAACGAAUUCGAAGACUUUCACUGCCCUGGUGGCAGCGCGAGUACUAAUGCCACCUACUUCCCUGAUAGAUGGUCCCCAGAGACGGUGAUGACGGCGAUCACCACACCUCCAAGGUCACCAAUGAUAAUCAGAGAAAGCGGAUCUCGACUACUACCCAAGCCUCGCGACCAAGACCAGGUCAUGGAAUCGGCUGCCAAAUUUGCCCACCUCCACGGCCACGGUCGGACGGCUUCACUGCCUAACAAUGUCUUUUCUUCCCAAUUUGGCCCAGCCUUGCCUCACAUGUCUGCGCGGCAAGGACGCUCUCCAAGCCCUCAUGGAGGGGCACAUGCCAUUUCCUCAGCCUCGUCUCGAGCGGCGUCGCCAUACGAGCACUUGAAGGCAGACGAGGCUGCACCCAGCCGGCCGUCGAUCAGCAACAUGAGAUCAGUGUCUUCCUCACAUAUCUCGAGCGUGCGCGCUCAUUCGCGCAAUAUCUCAUCUUCCAGCAUUGACGCGUCUCUUUUGAGCCGAUACGGAUAUCCGACCUAUCGCCAGAGCCCCACGCCACAACCAGUUGGCCCUAGCACUUCUUCCAGGUCCCGUACUCCCAGUGCAAUGAGCCAUCUUGCUCCCAUUGCUAUGCCAGGUGGUCAGGUCCAGAACUACCCAAACAAUCGCCGUACUAGCAGCCCACCCGCAAACCCUUCGCGUCUGUCUAUCGAGGUCGAGGCUCCGGCCGAACAAGACAUGAGAACCUCGACUGUCCUCGAGUACCUCACUGGUCCGAAUCCUACUCCUUCCCUCAUUCAGCGAAUCAACGACAGCAACAAGCUCCAGAACAGUCACUUCUGGUUCGAUAUCCGCAACCUUGGCGCCUGGUCUGAUUUCAACGUCGACACCAUUGCCUCUGUUCCAGGCCUCAUGGAGCUUCUCAAGAUUGACAUAUCUGUCAGUCUUCUGCCGACUCCAGCCAAGGCAAACCUCGCUCCAGAGACCCCGGCUCAGCUUGCAGACAUCUGCGCUGUUCAUCACGCCGUCAAGGUCAACGCCGCCCUUCGCGUCGCCCAAGGAGAGAAGCACAUUGCAAUGCGAACCCUCCGCACUGCCCCUGGCGCACGUCAACAGCCCGAAUUCGUUGCAAAUUACCAAUCCGACGCCGAGAAGACCAUCUUUGGCGACGGAAGAGGCAGAGUUGUCGGCAUCGUCAAAUCCUAUGACCAAUGGAAUUCAGGGUACAGGAAUGGCUCUCCUAUCGACAAGAUCCGCUACCUCGAACACCUGGCACAUCUUCACCGCUUCAUGCGCGAACAUGGCACGAGAUAUGGCUUCAUCAUGACCGAGAUCGAACUCGUGUGCGUCCGCAUGGGUGGGCCUCCAUCGGACACCAGCACCAUUCCACUCUUCGGAUACAUGGAAAUCGCGCCUCCCGUACAAAUCUCUGCUUCCGGUGUCAACGAGAACGGAAGCCUCAGGAUGACCGCGGGACUUGCUCUCUGGUAUUUGCACAUGUUGGCCAAGGAAGUGCCAUUCCCGGGACAGUUCCAUUGGAAGGUCGAUGUAGGUGGACCUGCUGCUCUGACGAGACAGAGACAUUUGCCACGGGAUGACUGGAUGCCGAAGGUCAAUCUGCAGGACAAGAGGGUUGGGAAGAGGACGAGAGGGUGGGUUUGGCCGGAUGAGCCGCUCCAUAAGAGGGAGUGUGGGAGAGUUGGGAGAAGGCGGUAGGGAACUCCCGAGUUGGGGAGGAAUGUUAAUGGUGACUUGGUGUUUGAAAAAGUUAUGACGAGUACACGGCCGAUCUUGCGCGAGAAGAAAGAAGCAUUUGCAGGCGUUUGAUACCCCAUUCCAUUGAAACGAGCCAGCUACCAAGAGGGGGGAAAGAGCUGCUGUUGAGCGCAUAGCCAAGGGCGUCUUGAUAAGAUCCUACAAGAAAGGGAAAAAGUAACCUAUUCACACAAUCCUCUCCCUGUCUUCCAUCAAUCAAACUGGGUUUCGUCGCCACACUCACAACUUCCCCUUCACCAGAUUCCCAAUCAUCUGCGCCCCCGUAAUGCGCGUCGUAGCCCACAAAGUAGGGAAAUCCAACGUACUGCUGAACGUAUCCGCAUAUCCAAACCCGAGCAUCGGCGGAAUCCAGCCACGCGCAUACUCCAAUGCAAAGCAGGAAGAUUCCAUCUUGUACUGCUUCACCUCGCCGCGCCGGAGAUGGUGCACGGAUCCGGCAGGGUAGAUUUCCGCGCUGUAGGAGCCGGGUCCGGGUUUGUAGGCGAGCUGGGUUCCGGUGAGAAUGUGGAAGUAGUCAUCUGCGGUGUGGCGGCCGGUGUGGCCUUCUGUUCCGAUGGCGGUGCCGAAGAUGAUGAGAUAUUCGGUUAUGCUGGCGUGGAUGAUGUACAUUGCGCCCAUGGCGCCGCCGGCGUUGUUCUACAGGAGAGAUCGUCAGCUGGGCGUCGAUACGCUUUUUUUUAAUUGUUUUCCUGUUGGGACUUACAAAGACCCAUUCCUCCUCGAUGUUAAUGUAGGACUUGAUCGCUUCAUCACUGCGGAGAUUGGCGACGAUGUUGGCGACGAUGGCUUCGGUGUUGUUUCCAUGCUGAUCAAUUGCGCCCAAGGCAAUCUUAUGCAAUUGGUCGGGGGUGAAGAUGUAGAAGCUCUCGAGGUUUGAUUCGAGAUAGACGUAUAGCCCAUAGAGGAGCGCAAUGGUCAGAACCAAAGUGGUGAGUCUAUUAUAGUCCAUGAUGGGACAAGAGUUGAUGAGAAUGCGCUCAAGAGCGUGAUGAAAAAUAAAUGAAAGAACACGGCUGUCCAAACGCCGGGGAGUCGCUGUGCAGUGGUUGUGGUUGCUUGAUGAAGGCCGCGUGCGAAUUGGUGUUUUUAACCUUCCGAAAAGGGAUCGGAUCGUACGAGUAAGCAGCCAUUGACCACCUUGUGGCCCAAGCUUGCGCAUUGGAAAGCCGAUAUAUACAUGUCUGUUUCAAGCAGUCUGCAUCAAGAAGACAGGAUCUUAAGUCUGCGACUCCUGAUAACGACGAGAUAUUUGCUAUUUGUCCCCUCACAGUGGUGGAUAUUGCAUGAGACAAUUGGGCUGCGGAGGUGAGCAAUGAAAUAGCGAAGCCGAAGAGUUCAUGGUUUACUACCAUAUUUCAACCGAUUGACGCUUGGCUGCUGCUGUCGCUGCUUGAUUGCUAGGUAUCGUUUGAAUGGAUAAGACGAGCUUCCUGCUCUCCUCUCCUUGGUAUCAAUUCCUGCACCGAACUCCACGCUCCCAUGCCCGCUGAAUAUAAGAUCAAUGCUGUAUCGCUUGCUGCAAGGAAACCACCGACCCGAUCACAUGCAACAGCUCAAUCAUCCGCUGGAGUAUCCAAAUGGCCAAACGCGUCUCAUAUGAGAGCCUUCAGCUCGUCACACGUCGCACCCACAGCCCCUCCUCGCCGCCCUCCUUACGUCGUGUCCGUGCAAUAGCGAUGCCGAUCUCGCGUUCUUCCAACCGGACUUCUUCCAGCGUCUUCCGCAGCUCGUCCAACUUCUUCUUAGCCUCCUUCAUCUCCGCGAACGAGACAUCGAGUGGGCUCGCACUCUCCACCUUGGCCAGCUCUGCAAUGGCACGUUGAAUGUUGCGUCUCUGGUGGAUCUUGUCCUGCUCUUGGCGCUCGAGCUCUUCAAGGCGUGACAUGGGCGUAACGGGAGUGAGGAGAUCAGGUGGUGGUGGCAGCUUCUUGACUGAGCCUUGGCCGCUCUCGAGCGAUGCGCGCGGGGUCGUGCUGAGCUUGGAUUUGGUAGACUCGGGAUUGCCUACAGCCUUGCGUGGGGGUGUCCAAAUUUCUCUGUCCAGACGCUGAAUGGGUCGAUGGCGCGACAGAAUCGAUUGGACCGGCGGCGAUUUGUACUUCGAAGGCACUUCAGGCGGCGGGCUCGGCGGCGGCGAGACAGGACGAGCUUGGUAAGUCAUGUUGGCGUUGGUGUUGACGGUGCUCCAACUGAAGCGACUUGCAGGCAAGAGUUCGCCGGUUUGCUGCACGCUGUGUCGAGUGUCGGUUGAAGGUCGGUUGAGGCUUGGAGAAGGUGCUGCAGUCGUCCAAUUGAAGUGGCUGAUUGGGUUGCGAUCAGUUGCUCGGCCCGCGAAGUCGAUUGCUUCGGGUGACGUCGGGCUGUCAUGCGUUGGUAAGUUCUCUGGCACAAGCGAGUGAAGGCCAGGCGCGGGCUUGCGCUUGAUCGACUUGACGCCGGGAUUCAGAGGUGUCUCGAAUGGAUUCACUGACGCAACUUUCAGACCGCGUGGAGUGUCUUGGGAGUUCGUGUCGUCGACUGAGACCGGAGAGACGGGAUCCCAGUCCUCGUCCCAUCCAAGUGGUGGACUGUACUCGUCAACAUCUUCGUCGUCCAAAACCGAGACUGGAGAGGGCUCUCGGGAGCUUCUAGGCCCUGCUUUCGGGUAUUUUCGAGGAGAGUACCGGGUCGCCUGAAAUGCUCCGUCGUAGAUAUUCUUGCGAGGCUGAUGGACUUCUGUUGUCCUGCCACGUUGGUCUAUGUCUCCCUUCCCCGGAGCACCGUACUUCUUACCAGAAGUGUCGAGUCGCGAAGGCUUGUGAAGAAUAGAACGGACCCGCUUGAGAAUUGGCAAGCUCGACUGCCAAACUUGAGGUCCCUGAUCCUGAAUCUGCUGAUUGGGGUGUGAACGGUACGAUGGAUGAGCCGACUUCUGUAUUCGGAGAGGUGGUAUGGAAGGCAUGUCUGGGUGAUCGAGCAUAGGGCCGUCGUAGUCUUCCGAAUAACUGGAUGCUGUUGGAGCACGAGAAGCUGGAGUGUGUUGUUGUCGUCCCCGAGGAGGGUCUCUUUGGAGGGAAGACGAGGGCAUGAUCAUGGCACUCGAGCUUGUGUUUGUGCAAGUGAUCGAUUAGUGUUCACGGUCUCACCGAACCGCACGUGCAGCCGUGGUCUCCAGCAUCCGGGCACCGGGGUCGCUCAAUGAAGGUUUAGUAGGAGAUUGAUUUGCCUGUGACGCGUGGCGUCGCAGUGUUGUGCUGGAUUUUUGCUCGGUCACCACUCGAGUUGAGCGAGGAAUGAGGAGCGUGAUGGGCGUGAGGAAGGAUAACAAUCUUCCCUGUAGAAUAAAUGUGCGCUAGCCGUCAUCAGGUUUGCACAUUGGUUGGAGAUAUGCAAAGGACGGCGGUCGCCAACUUGUUUUACAGUCACAGCCGUGUCGGCGGAUUGUUAUAGACGCGUUUGGUGUGUUUCAUCUUACAGCGUUUGAAGGGAUCGGGAUUGGGAGAAGAUGAUUCGCUCCCGUGGCCUGCCUUAUAACUUCCCGGCAGCAGGGAGCGCUAGAGGCGGGCGGCAGGGAGGGAAAGGUGGCGCCAUGCGUUUCGUAGCCGCUUACAACCUAACAUCGCCCGUCCGACGCCGAGAGCUGUUGCCGACCUGCAACGACUAAUAACAACCCACGACUUCAUAUCACACGACAGCAGGCUUCGCCGCAUUCUAGCAACCAUGGACGAAGGUCAGAGCUGUGUCUCAGGUUGCUACGCGCCUGCAACGUUCUCGGCUGACGGCCAGUAGCUUCCAAUAAUGCUUCCGGCGCUCCUCCAGCGACUCAAGUGUACGCAAUGAUCCGAUUGUUCCCCUUACGCCGCCAGCGUGUAGACACAUCGGAACGCUAUCGCUCCCAUUGUGGAACCCAGUGGUCGAGCUGGGCGCUUCAGCGAUUCGACCAACAUCAUGAAAUUCGAAAGCCCGAGAGAGAUAGCGUUCCGACGUGUUGAGAUGUUGUACCGAAUGCCAGCAAACUGACACAUCAGACAGGGCCACGAUCGCCACGCCCAUCAACCUCAUCCUCCUCUCGCUCUUCAUGAUUCUGGUGUAUAUGCGCCUGAGACCCAACAAAACCGCCACGACCCUUCCCGCUGCUCCCCCACCAACAGUCUUCAAGGUCUUCACUCCUCCACAACUGCUCCCAUUCAACGGCACAAACAGCAUGCCCGUAUACCUAGCAGUUCGAGGCAAGAUCUUCGACGUGACUCCCGGCCGCAACUUCUACGGUCCCGGUGGACCUUACCAGAACUUUGCCGGCAGAGAUGCUUCAAGAGGAUUGGCUUGCGGAAGUUUUGAUCUGGAGAUGCUUACGGAGGAUCUAAACGGUCCGCUGGAUAAGUUGGAGGAUCUGGGCGGUGAAGAGAUGGAGGCGCUGAAGGGGUGGGAAGAGAGGUUCAAUGAGAAGUAUUUGGUGGUUGGCAAGCUGGUGCCGGUCGGUCACCCAGAGGCAGAGCCAGAUGAGAAGGCGUCGUAG